AUGGCAGGCACCGGGGAUGAAAAACAGUUGAAACGGUGUGUGACAGCUAUUAUCGAAGCUGUUCAAGAAAGUAUUACUAAACUUCAACCACAACAGCAAACAUCUAAUCCUGAUACAUUACUCACAAAUUCGACCUUGAACUACAAUAUAAAUACAUUUACAGUGAAUGUUGAGGAAGAUGAACUAAUAGAUACGUUAACAACAAGAAUCGAAAGUAUACUAAAUCAAUAUAUACCGUAUCUGACUCAAACCUGUCAGAAGUAUCUGCUACAUUUUCUACAUCAGUACCAUUAUGAUCAAGACGAACGAAAAUUUAAUGACUCUCUGACGCUAAAUGAUCUUCACCCAUUUCUUCGAGAAUUACAAGGUGUUUUGGCAUCAGUCGAUGCUUUUCUAGCUGCAUGGGAAGGAAAACUGUCUUCUGUCAGAGAUUUCAUUAAAGCCUAUCCGACUUUUAAAGAUAAACCUGGUCUCUGGGGUACCACCUUGCUCUAUUCAACAGCAAAAAACAACCACAUGAGUCUUGUAGAAUAUCUUGUUACAAGUGCUCACUGUUCGGUAAAUACUCAAAAUCAACAACAUCUUGAAAAAGCACUGUCAGCAUCAAUAAUAACAGCAAAAGAUUUCACAGUUAGUCCAACAGCUGCUUCAACGGCUUUGCAUGGAGCUUGCUUCAACGGGCAUCUAGAAAUUGUAAAAUACUUAAUAAAACACGGUGCUGAUUAUUUUAUUAAAAAUCAUGCACAAGAAACACCAAUAAUGAAUGGCGAAUCGCGACCCGAGAUCAAACAAUUUUUUCAAGAUUUUCUUAUUCCAGGCUAUUCACGGUCUUUAAACAACUUCCCUGAUGAACCCAUUUUAGAAGAACCCAUUUUAGCAAGAAGCGGACAACAAGAAGUCGAUUGUGUAUGGGAAUAUAAACCAUUUUUAGAUCAGAAAUGGUUCAAGUUUCCUGCUAGCGAGUCGAGCGAGAUACAUCAGUCAUUAAUUGUCGCACCGGAUCAACAGUUCAAAUCCGAAGUACAUCUCCGGGUUCGGCAGGGUGUUUAUAGUGUCUCGACAAUUCAGUUUAUACGUUCGGGUAAAGAUCUUGAUCAACAGAAUUUGGCUUGGGUAAGAUGUCGAGGUUCCUCUAUCUUAAACUUCGAUAUUUACUCGUUGUGGCAAAUGAUGUUCAUGAAACAUCCGCAAGCCGAUCAGAGCGCGUCUCCGUCUUUGAAAAACUUUGAUAUACCUACAAUUUAUGAUAGCGAAUUCAAAAUACAGCUAAACUCAUGGUAUAACUGUGAUGCAAAAACAAAUUCUCGACUUGAUCAUGCGAUGAAUUAUCGCCAAAAAAUAAUCCCCUUGGACUUAGACUUCAUCACUGACGAUGAAGUGAAAUUUAAUCUACACGAAUUUACAUUUACAAAUGAUCAGAAAAGUGUUUUGGGUUUUAUUCGGUGGAUACCAAAACUCAUAUCGAAUAAUGAACAAAAUAAGAAUAAAAUAACUAAUAUCGAUAAUUUUCAAACAUUAACGAACUUGAACCCAAUACCCCUCACCAGAAGACAUUUAAACGAAGUACUGCAAGCAAGUAAUACUUCAACCACAGAAGAACAGUUAACAGAAGAUAUAAAUGAGGACGAUUCUACACUACAAAGCAUGUCAAACGAGGACGACGAUACUGAUACAUUAGAAAAUCGAAAUAAAACAACACAGUCAUCUGAUAGCGGAAUAUGGUCCAUAAGCGAUAGUACAAAUAAUGAUGAUACUGUCCCCUUUAACACUGUCAGUACUCUUCAGCAACAAACCGUGCUAACCACAACAUCAAAAAUAACAACAGAUGGCAAAUCAGAUGAUAGCCUUUCAGAUUUAAAAAUUAAUGAUUAUUUUAAUGAAACAGUAGCCAUGGCUCGUCCUGCUCAGCAGUCUUCUCUUCUCGAAAGAUCGGAUUCGUCUUUGAAUCUUCAAGCAACAGCAGCAUUGACCGCACAGUUAGAAGAGGAAAACAAAGAACUGAAAGCAAAAUUAGCUGCUGAGACAGCUAGUGUUCAAGAACAGUUGAACUUAAAUGUACAAAGAACAGCCGAGCAGGAACGACGACUGGCUGAGGCUAUGGAAGAGAUUGACCGAAUGCACACUGAACAAAAAAAAAUGGAAGAAAAAGAAGCUAAAAUACAACAAAUAGCUAAGACUAUAAAAACGAUUGAAUAUAAUAAUAUCCCAACUCAAAUAAUACACGACUUUAUAACUCCUAAAUUCAACUUGGUUCUCGACUGGCUCAGAAAAACCAAGAAACUUGAUGAGUUUUUUUAUGAUAAAAUACCGAAGAUGACCUUUAGAGAACAAAAUAAUACUUAUACAGUAACCAUUAGCGGGUUUCAAGUUCAUCACGAUUCAUUCAAGGCCGUUUUGAAUCGUAUAUCAACACUAUCAAACGUAACCCAAUCAGCUAAAGAUUUCUAUCAGCGACAUCUUAAUCGCUUAACACGAGCAAUAACCAAUGCUCUUUUCCAAGUCAACUCCCGAACACGAAACUGGAGAAACUACGCGAAAUGCUUGGUUCAACUUUUGCAAGAAAAGAACACUGAACAUUCAAAACUCUUUAAUGAUUAUAUUAAUCAGAAAUCAAAAAUAUUAACGGAACAGUCGAUUUCUGACUCUUCCACGAAGCCAUGGAUCGAACUGAAAACACAAACCAAUAAUUUCAUGAAACAAUAUCCUUUCGUAAACGAAAUCGAAACUCUAAAACACCAAGCUCUUGAAGAAUUCAUAAAACAGAAUAUUUCAUUCCAGCGACUCAAACUCGACAAGAAACCAACGGAGAAAUCCAUUUCAGUUGUAAAAGACUUCAUUGAGAAAGUUAAAGCAGUAUUUAAAACUAACGCAGAAUAUACCGGUCAUGAAUUGAAACAUUUCAGUCUGAUACCGGAGCUGUUGCAACGAAUUAUGAUUUAUUAUUGUUGUUUCCUAAUACAAUUACCAUUGUACGAAUCAGCUAAGGAAUUAUUAGAGAAAAUAGAAAAAAAUACGGUUAUUACAAUAGCAACAUCGACUGGAUCAGGUAAAUCAACCUUAUUACCAGCUUUACUUAUUGCUGAAGGCUAUGAUAAAGUCAUUGUUACGCAACCUCGACGUUUGCCGUGCACAUUGAUUUCCAAACGUGUUAAUGAAACAAUGAGAACAGAAACUGGUUCCUUGUCAGAGAAACUAGCUGGUUGGGCUGUAAGUGGGGCGCAAGGAAAUCCGAAAGCUAAAAUACUGUAUUUAACUGAUGGUUUGCUCAAAGAACGUUUACUUUACGAUGAGAAUUUCAUAACAACCCAGACUAGACUUAAUAAAUCUAUAGUGUUUUUUAUUGAUGAAGUACACGAACGUUCGGUUAACAUUGAUCUAUGUUUAGCUCUACUAGCUAGACUUUUAUCUUUAAAGCCAGAACUGAAAUCAAAAUUAAAAGUUAUAAUCUCCUCGGCUACCCUCGAUGCAUCAGUACCAACGCUUUAUCGUAAUAUACAACAACUAAGAUUCGACGAAUUUACGAUGCCAGCUAUGGGAACGCUUCACACCGUAAUAAAAUUGCCGCGCCCAAAUGAAAACAUUGUGGAUAUUGUACUAGAACUGUGUAAAAAACGUCAAAGACAUGAUCAAAUCCUUUGUUUUGUCAAUUCUGUAUCUGAUGUUAAUCAGUGUUGUCGUUUAUUGGCUGAAAUUAGUCGAGGUACGAUUAUUGCUUACCCGCUUAUACAAUCGCAAUCAUCUGCUGUUCAACAGCAGAACAUUGAACAUGGAAGUAUCUUCUUUUCAACGACUGUUGCUGAAACCUCGUUAACAUUCCCAUCGUUGAAAUAUGUUGUUGAUACGGGGAUGAUUAAUAUCCCAGUAUAUGAUCUACAGUCGAAACAGACAGUGUUGAAAGAAGUUCGUGCAGCUGAAUCAACAAUCAAGCAACGUCUGGGACGUUUGGGAAGAACAAAACCAGGAGAAUAUUACUCUUUGUAUGACUUCAAAGUUGAAGAUAAACGCUUUCCAACACCUCAAAUAUGUCAAUCGGAUUUAAUGAAUAUUGAAUUUUCAUUGAGAAAAUCGCCGUUGAAAAAUGGUUUGAAUUAUCUGGCAGCAUUUUUGCCCGAUAAACCGUCUCCGCAAGCGAUUAACAUGACGGUUAACGAAUUAAGAAAAUUAAAACAUCAAGAUGUUAGGAAAGCUGAUACAGUUCUUCGAGAUAUUUUGGAGGGUCACAGCGAUCAGUUCACAAACCAUGGCAAAUCCCUAGCAAAGCUACCUGAUUUUGGCUCUUUAGCCAUGUCUAAAUCUGUAUUAGCUGCUCUUCGAGAUUACUCUAGUGGGCGUGAUUUGAUAUGUCUUUCGUCAAUCUUAAGUGUUUUGAAUACUACAGCUUUACUGAAAGCAUUACCACAAAAUCUUAAAAGUCCUGAGGGAGAUUUUAUGACACUGUUAAAUGUGAUGAAUGCAAUUCUCUUAGUUAAACAAUCCGUUCAAGCUCAACAGUUUAAUUUGGAACGAGUCUGCCAGGCUAAAGGUCUCUUAGGUAUUAAACAUAUCCUAGGCCAAGCCUUGAGACGUUAUACGAGCCUCGAAAAAUCGUUUAAUCUCUCAAAUGACUUCCGUGAAAGAGCACAAGUCAAAUCUGAUAAUUGGGAAUUUAUUGCUAAAGCUUUGCUAGCGGGGUAUUCCGAUAACGUUUUCGUAUCAAUGAAAGAAUUGCAAGGCAGAAUACAUCGUUUUAGUCGCUAUAAGGACACAACCGAUAUUGCCGUACUCGAUCUACAGUCAACCCUAACACGACCUAUAAGUCUGGCGCCUGUAUCUCUCGUCUUAGCACGAGACAUCCGUUACUCGACGGCUAUUCGUUCUACAGCUGUUCUUUCAUUCGUUGGGGAGAUUAAACCAGUUUGGAUAGAAUAUAAUUUGGAACGUAAAGUAACAUUAAACAAUGAAGAAGAAACCAAACUGAACAGUAACAAUAUAUUUUCAAAUGCUCUAUCCACGUUUUCCCAUAAAAUAAACAUGCAACUUAGUAAUCAAACUCUAUCAUUGAAAGGACCGUCGGGUGUAGUUCUUAAUGCAGAACUGCAUCUUCGACAGCAAAUGGUAACUGAAUUGAAAUUCGAGUUAAAAAAUGCAAAUCCACCAAAUACAACUUUACACACCAAUUUAUCCCGAAAUUUAGAAAGUGUUAUGAAAAUGACUCGGAUAUUUAACCCGAUGAAAUGGAGAUGGGAGGCACAAAAGCAAGUUAAAAUAACAAUCAACAGUAAUACAGCUACGAAAAUAUGUGAAAUAACGGUCGAAGGUCGAGACUCAGAAAAUCAAAAGGUCAAAAAUGAAUUUGAUUCUUUUCUGACGUGGUUACAGAAUUGUGCCGUUAUUCGACAUCCAAAUGCUGGAGUAUCUCCUCGUAUCCUUCGCCCUCAAAUGCGCAAAACAUGUCUUGAUAUUGAAGAAAGAAUUUCUCAUGUUACCGAUAGUAAACGAACGUUGGUCGACCUGUGGAAUGGUGUUAAAGGUUCGAAAGCAACACGUGAAACCCGAAUGGAAGUUGUAGCUUGGAUAGCUCUUUGUAAAUUCGAUUGUAAACUUGAGGGUGGUUUUGUUCGAGACUGGGUUGUUGGCAACUAUACAGCACCGCCAGCUACUCUGCGUACAAAUCCUAAAGGCUGGAUUGAAUACCAAACGAACUCAAAGAAGGACCUUAUUCCAUAUAUGAACAGGGAAGUUAUACCAGCUGAUUUAGAUUGUCACUUACCGUCACAUGCCUAUUUUGAUAUUGAUAAAUUUCAAGAUGAAUUACAUAAAUUCGAUAUGAAAUGCAAAGUUUUCCGAGAAGAUUGGCGAUAUGUUUUGUUGCUAGAUGAAGACGCAAAAACUGGUCCGUUUACAAUGGAUCUAAUUGAACCACAUGUAGCUUUAACACACGAUCGUAUUGACUUUGACGUUAAUAAUUUGUCAUUAGAGAAAGAUUAUACACACGAAUUAGGAAUGCGUGUUGAUAUACAACAAAAACCCUAUGCUAUUGAACUUGAGACUAUUGUCGACAAUAUAAAAAAUAAACGUUUUCAAGUCCUUCGGCCGAUUGACAAGCAUAUGAAUGAUCGUAUAAAUAAAAUGACGAAUAUCCGUCAUUGGACUCAGUUGGGGCAGCCAUUUUCAUUUAUACCACAGCCGCUGCCCAAAUACUAUGCCGUCUUAGUACCGUUACCAUCGUCAUCAAAUUUAUAUCAAGGCUUAGUUACACAAAUGAGAACGAUCGGAACUAUACAAAUCGUUGCAAUCGAGCAAAUCAAAAAUCCACUUUUGGAGGACGCAUAUGAAGCGAUGAAAAAAUUGAUUGCUAAACAAUGCAAGGGGUUUAAUCCAAAUGAACGUGAAUUAUUUCAUGGGACAAAGGAUGAUGGCAUUAAUGGGAUAACCGAAGAUGGUUUUGAUGAUCGAUUUUUCAAUCCUAAAGGAGCCUGGGGUCAUGGAGCUUAUUUUGCUGAUGAUCCUCGAAAAUCUCAUGCCUAUACAGCACCCGAUGCAACUGAUCAAACACGUGUUAUGUAUUAUAAUAAAGUUUUAUUAGGUGUCGAAUCUAUGAUGACUGCAGUUGACCAAACAUUAGUUUCAGCACCAAGAGGCUUUCAUUGUGUUCACGGAACUGGAUUUCAAUAUCAUGAAUAUAUUGUCUAUCGUUACGGACAAGCAUUACCGUAUCUAAAAAUAAUUUAUAAAGGCUAA